UUUGUGUAAAACAUUUCAACGAUAAAUAUUAAUAAUCAUUUUCAAAAUGUUUUCAUUAAAACUAGUCAAUUUUAGUUUAUUAUUAUUUUAUGUGUUUGUAUAUUCAAAAGCACAUAGUACUUCAAAAAAAAAAAUUUAUCAACUGGAUAAACUACUAAAAUAUCCGGGAUGGAAAAAUUUAAAUGAUACAAGCUAUAUAAAAUAUUGUAAUAAAAGUUAUUAUCUUAAUAAUCUGAUUGAAACACCAACACGUACUAUUCACGGUGAGUCAAAGAUACGAGCCUUGACUUUAUUUCUGGGAUGUUCAUAUGCAAAAGUUAUGAUUAAUAUUUUUUCAAUUAUUGUCAAUUGGCAAGAAAUUUGUAAAAACAAAAAUAAAGAAGACCACGACUUAUUAAAUGGAUGCAUUUAUACUAAAGAACUCAUAAACGUAAUAGCCAAGUUAAUUGUUCCAAUAGCAAUAUUGUUAAAAAACGCAAUGGACGCUUUAGAUUCAUUACAUCAUUUUCCAUCGGCUAAUUUUAAAAUUUAUCAACAAAAGCCCUACAUGAUAAGAGUUUUAUUAAAUAAAAUAGGAAAUAUUCUUGACCAAUUGAAUGAUCCGAUUUUACUGAUUUUAAGUGGUAAUAUAUCUAUAAAGUCUUCCGCAUUUAAAUUUUUAGAUUUUUUUUCUAAAAAAAUAAUAACAGGUUUACAAUAUGAAACACACGCAUAUUGUGAAUUUGUUCCUUAUGAUACGAAUUAUUUAUGGAAUGAAUGGGUUGAAGAAUAUAAAAUCAUUAACCAGAGAGAAAUGUUAAUAUUUUUUAAAUUCUUAACUAGAAAAAUGAAUUAUUAUAUCAAGACAGUAAUCAUAGAAAUGUAUUUUCAAUUGGGAUUUAAAUUUGAUCCAAUUACCGAAGAAACGUUUAUACCAACACCAGAGGAACUAAUUGAACUAGAAUUGGAAUUUAAAGCAACAGAUGAAGAACCCCCAAGGCUAGUACACAUUGAAAAUUAUCAAAUGUAAUAAAAUUAAUUUUGUUAUAAAUUUAUGUUUUAUAAUUAUUUACAUUUACAGUAUUACUUAGUAAAUCUUUUAACUAUUACUAAAGCAUAAAUAUAAUCAAUCACACUAUUAUUUAUUGGUUGUACACACCAAUAUUUAAUAUUUAAUAAUAAAUAUUUAAUAUAAUAUUGACAUUAACAAUUAUAAAAAUUUUAAUUGAGUACCAGAAGGAUAGCGGGUGCAUUUAUCGUCAAAUAUUUUUCAGCUAUACUUUUCCUCUCACCUAGUUAUAAUAAUGUGAAUAACUUUUGAAAUAUUGAUCCAAAAAAUUAUUAUGUCUUUUUUAUAUUAUUUAAUAAAUAAACGAAUUAAUUAUAGAAAGAAAUAAUAGUAACAUAAUAUAAUUAACAUUAUUUACAGAAUAUCUUUAAAUUUAACAUAAAAAUCACUCGUGACAAAGGUUCAAGUUAAAUACUCGAAUCAUGAUAAAAAGCGUGCAAGAAAUUACAAUAUUUCAAAGUUUUUAAAAGUCAUCCACUUCAAAUUUCAUUUAAAUAGAAACUCGAGUUAGAGUGUCCUACAUUUUAGCGCUGUAUUUCAAAAUUAACCGAUUCUUCUUCCUAUUGUACCAAGUUUUAAUUUUUGACAUCAUUGCAACUAUUCAUUUUACAUACUGCCGACUUUCAAGUACGGUACGCGACCUUUUUUAACGUUAUAUCGUUAAAAGAUACUUAGGUAAAUAAAUCGAGUUUUUUCUCGUUAUAAAUACUAUUGACUAACAUAUUAUAACACUUAAUAUACUCAGAGCACACAUAUUUGGCAUGCAUUAUUAAUACACAGUAGGCCGCUAGAAAUAAAAUCAAGUUAAGCAGUAACACGUGAAUGUUAUAUAUGAUGUCCACUGUCUACACAAUCAGAUGUCUGCAAGGUUCUUAAUUAUGAAGUGCUUAAAUAGUUUAUCCGUAUAAUCUUUCAAAUAGCUUAAAAUUUUAUGUGUCACGUUAUCUUAAUAAAAAAAAAAAACUAGGACAUUUAAACUAUAUACACUUCAAUUUUUUUAUGAAUAGUAUUGAUAAUUAUCGUGAAUUAUAAAUGUUAAGUUACCCGUUAUGGUAUCUUUUCCGUCCAGAACGUAACACUGACCAACAAAGGUGGCAGCUUGUCCGGUUUGGGGGUCACCAAUAAAAAGCGAAAUUGGCCCACGGUCGGCAAAUAAACAUUCACCGAACCCAUUCCAACCGACUCCCGAAGAUCGAAUUUCAAAUCUACAAAAAAUAUCCGGCACUUGUUUCACUUCGAAAACCGUCUCGAAAUUUAUGGAAAACCAAAUGCCACUUAUGGACUGACAUAUAGAAUUAUCUAAGCACCGGCUACGAGCAAAAUCUACAGCUGGAAAUUUGGUCGUGGUCUCGGAUGUUGUUAAUAGUUCUGCAGUGGAAGCUGACGACGGUAAUGGUAGUUCACUAUAAGUAAAUACUGACGUUAUUAUUUCAGGAGUAAAAACAUUAGGUGGUAUAGUUUCCAUGACUACAUCUGUUGCUGCUUUUGAUGGACUGUAAAUUUCAUUGUAUUUUUCUAAAAUAUCAUCCAGAUCAGUUUUGGCUAACGUAACAGAAGAGUUUAAAACCAAUACCAAUGACAGCAGCAGAACAAUCGAUGCAUUAGCAUUAAAACCAAACAAAAUAUAGCUCAUAAUUCUUUAAAAUUAAAUGUAUUUAUGCAAUUCAAACAUAUAAAUACAUAAAUAUUUGAAAACAUUAAAUAGUUUUUUCACAGGAAUAAAAUCGAUUAUAUAAAAUCAUUGUUUA